GUUGGUUAGAGGACAUUGGUCUGCCGCAUUAUAAAGAUACAUUCAGUGACGCAUGUAUUGAUGGUAGAAUGUUGAAUUACCUUACAAUUGAAGAUUUACAACAGCUUAAAGUCUCUAAUGCACUGCACAAUGUCAGUAUUCAGCGAGCUAUUCAGUGCCUUAGGUUCAAUAACUUCCAUCCUAACUCUCUCAAGAGAUACCCCAUCGACGAGUCAUGGCAAAAAGGAGCUGAUGUUUUACUGUGGACGAACGGUCGAGUGGUCGAGUGGUUGCGAUUGGUUGAUUUAGCAGAAUACGCGCCUAAUCUACGUGGCAAUGGAGUACAUGGUGCCUUYAUGAUUCUAGAGCCCCGUUUCACUGCUGACACAUUAGCUGCCUUACUGUCUAUUCCUCCCACCAAGACYUUAUUAAGAAGACAUUUAGCAUCUCAUUUCCAGUCUCURAURGGUCCAGCAUGCCAGAGACUAAAGGAACAAGCCGCUUUAUCACCGUCUUUCACUCCAUUGAUGCCAAGCGUCAAACAGAAGGUUGUAAAGAAGAGCAAGUCUCUUGGUGCCCUGCGUAAGAAAGGUAGUGAUCCUGAUAACUACGUGUGCCCAAUGGACUUGGAUAUUCCACAAGAACUUAAACCCUCAGUUACAAGAACACGCCGAAGAUCAGACGACGAUUAUAAUCGCCCGAGAAGACGUGCUGAUAGUGACGAGCUAAUCGAAAUCAAGAAACCUACAGCCAUUGGUGCGUUUUCAAAGGAACUAGACUCACUCACGCAUAUGUUGGAUCACGAUACUCAUGGACGUAAAGUUCCCAACCAUUCUUGAUUCAAUCACCAAAGAAAAUGUAUAUUUUAAUAAAAUGACUAUUUUUAUAUUUCCGCCCACACAAUUAACUAUAUCUUGCUCUACUGUGAGUAGCAUCAAUAUCAAAUUACAUGAAAUUAUUUUUGUAUUUUUCUAGAAUUAUAUAAUGCAAUCAUAUUAUUAUGUGUAAUUGGGUAAUAAGUUAUAUUUUUAUAAUAAAAUAGAAAAUUGAAACCUG